AUGACGGAUCGUACACCCCCACCUCCUGCGCCACUGCUGCCUCCCCAGGACACCAAUGACACUACCGAUGACGCAGACCUAGUGGACUUCGCGUCAUCUUUGCUGGAAGCAGCUGAUCCCGACUCGGAGCUUCCGGAAUCGACGCUAGACGCCGCGACGCUCGAUGCCGUGCACGCAGCCAUCAACGCGCCACAAGAACUUGCCUCAGAGCCGAUUUUGCCGCCAAAUCUGUCUGCCGAAUCCCAGCAGAAAGAAUCUACAGUUGUAGAGGAUAACGAGGAGGUAACACCAAGCGAAAUCAGCCCUGGAACGGGUUCAACAGCAGACAAUGAAGAUGAGAUCAGGAUCCUUAUGUGGUUUCGACGCGAUCUCCGUCUACAUGAUAAUCUGGCGCUCACUGCAGCGCUGGAGUGGAUAAAACAGGAGCAGGAGAAGACACCGAGUCGUAAGGUGGUGUUUAUCCCGCUCUACAUCGUGCACCGCCCCAAAAUCAUGCUCUGUGGCGUCAACCGCUUCCAGUUCAUGCUCGAGAGUGUCUCGGAUCUGGCCGACGCGUUGGCUGCACGAGGAUCUCGACUUGUGGUGGCCAGAGGAGACGGAGUGCAAGUGUUAAGGCGUUUGCUGUCAGCGUGGCGUAUCUCGCACUUGUUUUUCGACGCAGCAAGUGAGCCAUUUGCAAUCAAUCGAGACAACCGAGCAGUGGCAUUAGCAAGACAAUUGGGCGUCGAGACGCAUGUGACACAUGGAUACACGCUCUACGACUUGGACGCAGUUAUUGCUGGAAAUAACGGAGAGCCACCGAAGACCUACACAGCUUUUCUUCGCGCACUAGCCAUGCAGCCAAAACCACCCAAACCUCUCCCAACGCCCGAAAAAGUGCCAGCGCCUGCGUAUCUGCCCAGUGAACUCUAUCAGCAAGUGGUGGAUUACUGGAAGAAUCGCCUGAAACCCGACCGAGUGACACCGUCGGAGGCGAAGGAGGAAAAGAACGAAGACGAGGAAGAUAAGCAAGAAUUCGAAGACGAAGACGACCCUGAAGAGAAGGAGAAGCAACUGAACGAAAUUGCAGGCCCUGAGCAGCAAUUUACACUCCCUGAAGUCACUGACUUCGGCUACGAAGCUCCUGAGCGACAUCCUUUCAUCUACGGCGGCGAACAAAUUGCGUUGGGUAUUUUACGGGACUAUUGUCGCAAUGAAGGCCGCGUGGUCAAGUUUGAGAAGCCGAAAACUUCUCCGGCACAGACGACCCCUUCUGCUUCGACAACUUCGCUCAGUCCGUACUUGUACUUCGGCUCAAUCAGCCCACGGACGUUCUUACAUCACGUACGAGGCAUUCAGGAACAUCACGCCAAGGCGACAUCAGCUACUCCUGUGAGCUUGGAUGGGCAGCUUCUGUGGCGUGAGUUUUUCCACUGCCAUGGCCGAGCCAACCCGUACUUCGACAAGAUGGAGGAGAGUCCGACUUGUAUGCUGAUUGACUGGCGAUGGCACACAAUCCCAGAGAGGGAGGAGGAUAUGACUGACGACGACAAGCUCGCUCGCUCGCAGUUCAAGGCCUGGAUCGAUGGCCAGACUGGUUUCCCAUGGAUCGACGCUAUCAUGAUCCAACUCAAGGAGGAAGGCUGGAUGCAUCAUCUCGCGCGCCACUCGGUAGCGUGUUUCCUUACUCGCGGAGAUCUGUACAUUUCAUGGGUACGAGGACUCGAGGUCUUCCAGGAGCAGCUGAUCGAUCACGACUGGAGUAUCAACUGUGGCAAUUGGCUUUGGCUUAGUGCCAGCUACUUUUUCUCGGCUUACUUCAGAGUGUAUUCUCCGUCAACAUUCGGCAAGAAAUGGGACCCUGAAGGAUUAUUUAUCCGCAAGUACGUCCCGGCACUGAGCAAGAUGCCAGUCAAAUACAUCUACGAGCCGUGGAAGGCGCCGAUGACUGUGCAGCACUCGGCAGGCUGCCUUAUCGGCAAAGACUAUCCGUUCCCGAUUGUGGAUCACAAGAUCGCUAUGCGUCGUUGUAUGGCGGGCAUGAAAAAGUCAUACGCCCUCAACGAGUACGGUAAACCGCCAGUGUCAAAGCCACCAACAAGCCCACGAUCCAAGCGUCCGCGCGAGAACUCGUCGAGCUCGUCCGAGACGUCCGAAGAGUCGACACAAUAG